AUCAACUAUAAAAAUAAAUUAAUUACAUGAGUUAGAUCUUAGAAGACCAUCUAAAUACGAGUAUAAUAAAAGAAAUCAAUUUGUUUUUUAAAAGGAAAAGAGUAAUGUCGGAAUCAAAACAGAUAGUUAUAUAUUAUUUUAUAAUUCCAGAAAUAGCCCUCAAAAACCCAAUCUAUCUUUCUACUUUCCCAACAGCUGUUCACUCUCCUCAUUCCUUCAGGCCUCAAGAGUCAAGACAAUGGGGUCCAAUUCCAAAGAAUGGCAAUCAAAAGAAAAUUCGAGCGAUAAGAAAGGGCAAAAGAGGAAAUUAGAGCAACAUCAUGAACACAGAGAAAGCUCCAUUGUUAUCGGAGAUUCUCUUCGGCGGGAGAUCGCUGAUCAGGUUCAAAUUCUUGAAGAUAAUUAUUCAUGGAGUGAAUCUCAUAGAGCUGCUGCUAAAUGCGCUACUUAUUUUCUUGCCGAACUCGCCAAAAAUGAGGAAGUUGUGAAUACAAUUGUGGAAGGUGGUGCGGUUCCUUUACUGGUGAAGCAUCUACAAGCACCGCCGUCGUUGAUGGUUGAUGAUGAUGUUAUGCCUUUUGAACAUGAGGUUGAGAAAGCUAGUGCUUUUGCUCUUGGACUUCUCGCUGUUAAGCCUGAGCAUCAACAACUCAUUGUUGACGCAGGUGCCUUACCUCUUCUCGUUGAUCUUCUAAAGAGGCACAAGAGUGGCUUGAAUUCUCGGGCUGUCACUGGUGUCAUUCGAAGGGCUGCCGAUGCAAUAACUAACCUUGCUCAUGAGAAUAGCUUCAUUAAAACCCGUGUUAGAACGGACGGUGGCAUUCCACCUCUGGUUGAACUACUAGAAUAUAGUGAUGCAAAGGUACAGAGAGCAGUUGCUGGGGCAUUGCGGACUCUUGCAUUCAAAAAUGAUGAAAAUAAGAAGGAGAUUGUUGAAUGUAAUGCCCUUCCAUCUCUUAUCCUGAUGCUUAGAUCCGAGGAUCCUGGUAUACAUUAUGAAGCGGUUGGUGUGCUUGGAAAUUUGGUACAUUCAUCGCCCAACAUCAAAAAAGAAGUCCUGAAUGCUGGAGCCUUACAGCCUGUUAUCGGUUUACUCGGUUCAAGCUGCUCUGAAAGCCAGAGGGAGGCAGCUUUAUUGCUAGGACAAUUUGCCGCAACUGAUUCCGAUUGCAAGGUUCACAUUGUUCAGAGAGGUGCAGUUCCACCUUUAAUUGAAAUGCUCCAAUCCCUUGAUUUACAGUUGAGGGAAAUGUCAGCUUUUGCUCUGGGAAGGCUAGCACAGGAGUCGCAUAAUCAAGCAGGGAUUGCUCACAGCGGUGGUUUGGUGCCUCUGUUAAAGCUUCUUGAUGCAAGAAAUGGUUCUCUUCAACAUAAUGCUGCUUUUGCUCUCUACGGUCUUGCAGAUAACGAGGAUAAUGUUGCCGAUUUUAUCAAAGUGGGUGGUCUUCAAAAGUUGCAGGAAGGAGAGUUUAUUGUUCAGGCGACCAAAGAUUGUGUAGCCAAGACCCUGAAACGACUGGAGGAGAAGAUACAUGGUCGGGUAUUGACCCACUUGUUGUACCUCAUGCGUGUGGGAGAGAAAACUAUUCAGAGACAGGUUGCAUUGGCUCUUGCUCAUCUAUGUUCUCCAGAGGACCAGAGAUCAAUAUUUAUUGAUAACAAUGGGUUGGAAUUGCUUCUUGGGCUUCUCAAAUCUUCGAACACAAAGCAGCAGCAUGAUGGUGCUGUGGCCCUUUGUAGGUUAGCUGGAAAAGCUAUGACUCUUUCUCCGAUUGAUGCAGCUCCUCCUUCUCCCAUAUCGCAGGUUUACUUGGGAGAACAGUAUGUAAAUAAUGCGACACUCUCAGAUGUUACUUUUCUAGUUCAAGGAAAACGGUUCUUUGCUCAUCGAAUCUGCCUUCUUGCGUCAUCUGAUGCAUUCCGUGCAAUGUUUGAUGGUGGUUAUCGGGAGAAGGAUGCCCGGGAUAUAGAGAUUCCUAACAUCCGAUGGGAGAUUUUUGAUUUGAUGAUGAGAUUCAUAUAUACUGGAUCAGUAGAUAUAAAGCCAGAUAUUGCACAAGAUCUCCUUAGGGCUGCUGAUCAAUAUCUUUUAGAGGGGCUGAAACGCCUAUGCGAGUAUACCAUAGCCCAGGAUAUUUCCCUGAAUAAUGUGUCAAGCAUGUACGAGCUCUCUGAGGCAUUUCAUGCUGUGUCCUUAAGGCAGGCUUGCAUCCUUUUCAUCUUGGAGCAGUAUGAUAAAUUGAGUAGUCGGCCAUGGCAUUCAUCUCUGAUGCAGCAUAUCUUUCCGGAAAUCAGAAAUUACUUUAUCAGAUUACUCACUAAGCAUAAUGCUUCGAACUAGUAUGCUGCCAAAUAUUCAUCCUUGAUUUGUGAAGUGUGAUUUAGUAGAAGCAACAGAUGACUGACAAGCUAGAGUGCCGUGUCUCCAGUAUAUGAUGUGGAGGUGUCAUCUCUAAAGCGUUGCAUAUAUCUUAUCUUGGUUCAUGAGUCAUCACAGUGAGUUUAGCUCUUAACGAACUUGCUCAAUUUCAAUCUUUGAUAGUCUCAUUGGAGCAUUACUGAUGAUUUCUGAAACAAGUCAUAUAUGCUAACAUUCUAACAAGCAAUAAAAGGAUAGAGCUUGACAUCUUAACUUAGAAAUGCUUCAAUUACGUGUCGAGCCUAAUUUGGUUCCUCAGGUACAGUGUAGGCUGUGGUAUAUUGUGCUUGCCGAGGCAUUAGGGUUCAUAUUGAUGUCACAGGAAAAUUGUCUUUGGAUUUGGGUUUCAGAGCAACCAAGCUGAAUUUUCACUGUUGAUAUUGUAAGAUGUAAUGGAACGGUGUUCUUGUCUUGUUGAUAUUGUAAGAUGUACGAGCUCAACUGAUAGAAACUUAGGAGUUAGGAUGCUGCUGUUUGAAUGCAUACAAGAAUCAUCGAUGGCUGAAGGUUUCCACAAAUAACUUGAAAAUUUGUAUUGAUAUAAACAGUAUCUGCUUUUGCUUCAUCUCCGAGGGAAUGUAACUCUAGUCGUUCUUUAUUUUCGCAUUUCCAGAAAUUGCACGUCUUAUUCUAACAAUAGUGAUGAAUGUGAAUUCUGUGUUCUAUGUUAAUACAAGAUUUGUUGAUUU